AUGGCUGCCGGAGUGGAGUUGUCGGAGGGCAGAAGCGGCUCUGGAAUUGCGAUGGAAUUUCCGGUCGGCGACGAGGAAUCGUUCUCGUCGCCGACGAGAUUGCCGAAGAGGCUCCGGCGACGGCUUCGUGGCGCGGAGUGCAAGUCUCCGAGCACGGUGGAGGAAAUCGAAGCGAAGCUCCGCGAUGCUGAUCUUCGCAGACAGAAAUACUAUGAGAAACUCUCAAGUAAGGCACGUGCAAAGCCAAGAAGCCCCUCAAGAUGUUCAUCACAGGAAGAUGAUCUUGGUCAGAGACUAGAAGCAAAACUGCAGGCUGCUGAACAGAAGAGGUUGAGCAUCUUGACUAAGGCCCAGAUGCGUUUGGCAAGACUGGAUGAAUUGCGUCAAGCAGCAAAAAAUGGAGUUGAAAUGCGCUAUGAAAAUGAACGUGUGAGACUUGAAACAAAAGUUGAGACUCGUGUUCAGCAGGCAGAGGCUAAUAGGAUGCUUAUCCUCAAAACUCUUAGGCAAAGAAGGGCUUCUCUCAGAGAAAGGUCAUCUCAAACAUUGAUGAGGAGGAUGGCUCGUGAAAGCAAAUAUAAAGAGUGUGUACGAGCUGCAAUUCACCAAAAACGAGCUGCUGCUGAAAUGAAAAGACUUGGAUUGCUAGAAGCUGAGAAGAAGAGGGCACAGGCUCGAGUCUCGCAGGUGAUACAUGUGGCAAAGUCUGUAUCCCACCAACGUGAGAUUGAGAGGAGGAAAAAGAAGGAUGAGUUGGAAGAUCGAUUGUUAAGGGCAAGAAGACAAAGAGCUGAAUAUCUCAGGCAGAGGGGAAGAUUGCGAGGCUAUGCCCGAGAGAAUCAGAAUAGAAUGUCAAAGCAAGCAGAAUAUCUUUCCAGAAAACUAGCAAGGUGCUGGCGGCGAUUCCUAAGGCAGAAGAGAACAACGUUCUCAUUGACAAAAGCAUAUGAUGUGCUGGGGAUCAAUGAGAAAUCUGUUAAGUCAAUGCCAUUUGAACAGCUUGCUCUUCUGAUUGAAUCAGCUUCUACCCUUCAGACUGUGAAAACUUUACUUGACCGGUUUGAGAGCCGCCUGAAAGUGUCUACAGCCGUUGCUCCUGCCAAUACUUUGUCUAGCUUGGAAAACAUUGAUCACCUUCUUAAACGGGUUGCUUCGCCCAAGAAAAGGGCUACUCCCAGGAGAUCUGUGAGAAGCAGGGAGGCAAAGAAAGUAGAUUCAGUCAGGGAGUCAAGCAAUAGCAUAACUAGGUCAUCAAGGUAUGCUGUGAGAGUUGUUCUUUGUGCUUAUAUGAUAUUGGGUCAUCCAGAUGCAGUUUUCAGUGGAAUGGGAGAACGUGAGAUUGCUCUAGCCAAAGCUGCACAAGACUUUGUCCAUAUGUUUGAGCUGUUAAUAAAGAUUGUAUUAGAUGGGCCAGUACAGAGUUCUGAUGAAGAGUCUGUCUCAGCAGCCUUGAAGCGCUGUACCUUCAGAUCUCAGCUCGCUGCUUUUGAUAAAGCUUGGUGCUCAUACUUGAAUUGUUUUGUUAUAUGGAAGGUUAAGGAUGCUCGAUCACUGGAGGAGGAUUUGGUUAGAGCAGCUUGCCAGCUUGAAGCUUCUAUGAUUCAAACUUGUAAGAUGACUCCGGAAGGAGCUGGCGAUAAGCUUAGUCAUGAUAUGAAAGCUAUUCAGCGUCAGGUCUCUGAAGAUCAAAAACUUUUGAGAGAAAAGGUGCAGCACCUGAGUGGAGAUGCUGGUAUUGAGCGUAUGGAGUCUGCACUUUCUGAAACAAGAUCUAGAUACUUUGGACUGAAGGAUGAUGGAAGUCCAGUGAGGUCUCCAAUGAUUCCUUCUGUGCCUGUGAGCCCAACUCCGCACUGUACUGCUGCCAGCUCUAGUGAAAGAAAUAUUUCAGAUGAGGGUAGCGAUCAUAGGACAAGGAGAGUAGUUCGCUCCCUCUUUAAGGAGACAAAUACUUCUCCUGGAGGGUCGAGCUUCUCUGCACUCAGAACCAGUUCCAAUAGUCAGCUUGGCACUUCUUCUGAAAAGCUACUAGCAGAGAAUGAGGUUCUCGUAAAUGAAUUUCUGCAUGAGCAUCACUAUAGUGUUACUGAUGUUUUUGAUGUCUCUGAUCACAUUCAAAACAGCAUUGAGGGGAAAAUAAAACAGACAAUGGAGAAGGCCUUUUGGGAUGGUAUCAUGGAAUCUGUUCAGGGGGAUCAGCCCAACUAUGACCGGAUUGUUCAGCUCAUGGGAGAGGUUAGGGAUGAAAUUUGUGAAAUGGCUCCCAAAAGUUGGAAGGAUGAUAUUUUUUCUGCCAUCGAUUUAGAAAUUCUUUCUCAGGUGCUGAAAUCAGGUAACCUGGAUGUUGACUAUCUUGGAAAAAUUCUUGAGUUUUCACUCGUCAGUUUGCAGAAGCUCUCUGCUCCAGCCAAUGAGGAGAUGCUGAUUGCCACACACAAGAAACUAUUUCAUGAAUUGGGUGAAAUAUGUCAAUCAAGGGAUGGGUCAAAUAAUUCAUGUGUUGUAGCCUUGGUGAAGGGCUUGCAAUUUGUCUUUGAACAGAUUCAGAUUCUUAAGAAAGAGAUAAGCAAAGCACGAAUAAGAUUGAUGGAGUCUUUGGUGAAGGGGUCUGCCGGUCUGGACUACCUCAGGAACGCCUUUGCUAACAAACAUGGAGCUCCAUCUGAUGCCAAUACCUCUAUUCCUUCCACACUGAGAUGGCUUUCAUCUGUUUGGAAUUGCAAAGAUCGAGAAUGGGAAGAAUAUGUGAGUUCCUCAUCAGCAUUAGCUUCUAAUUCAUCACAAGAAUGUCUUCCUUCAACUACUCUCAGAACUGGGGGGAAUAUUUUACUCAAAACAACUGGCAGUCCAGUGGCCCUUUCACCUGAUGGUGCAAAUGAUAAAGGUGAUCAGCAGCCAGAAUGCAAAGGAGAACCAGUCGAUCUAGUUGUUAGACUUGGCUUGUUAAAAUUAGUAAGUGGAAUAUCCGGUUUGUCUCAAGAUGAUCUACCAGAAACUUUAUCUCUUAACUUCUCAAGGCUGAGGUCUGUCCAGGCUCAUGUUCAGAAGAUUAUUGUGAUUUCUACAAGCAUUCUUAUUCGGCGUCAGAUUCUGGUGAGUGAAAAGGCAGUAGCUAGCCCUGCAGAUAUGGAAAACUUAGUGGCUGAGUGUGGUACAGAACUCUUGGAUCUCCUAGACCGUGUUGAAGACGCUGAUGUUGAAGAUAUAGUAGAAGUGAUUUGCAAUGUGCCCAAAAUUGAGGGUGAAGAUGCAGCGAAAGUUGAGUCAAGGAAGGUGGUUGCUGCUCGGAUGCUAGGAAAGAGCCUACAAGCUGGGGAUGGUGUUUUUGAGAGGGUGUUUAAUGCUGUCUACUCAGCUUUGCGUGGAGUUGUGCUUGGGGGAAGUGGGGCCCGUGGGAGGAAAUUGGCAGAAAUGGCUCUUUUGAAAGUUGGGGCUGCUUUUCUUACUGACAAGGUGGUGGAAGCUGCUAGUGUUUUGAUUGUGGCAGCCACUAUUUCAGUUGGUGUUCAUGGCCCAUGGUAUAAUCAAUUGGCUCACAACAUGUCAUAUAUUUCGUAA